AGUUUCUAGCUAGAAAUAAGCGUUUGACUUCUUACAAAACACAACUUAACUAUCCAUAGAAUUGUACUUUUUCACACACCCAUUUGAUAGAGUUCAACUUGGACACACCGAUUAGUUGGAUAUACACUCAAAACACAUCGAAAGGAUUCUAAAAUUCAACCAUUUUGUGGGUGGUUCAACCCACCCCCUCCGCCCUUACCAUUUGCCAAGUCAUCGCCGUCUAGGCUGCCAAAGCUGUCAACCCCGCAACUAUUUUGACACGUUGUGCUCUCUUCUCGUUAAAGGGAUUGUCCCAACCAACCUAUGAAGCUACCCUUCAAAUAUCCACCCACCUCCUGUAUAUACAUAUAUAAAGGGCACGCUGCUAGUUUGUUAUCCCCUCAAAGAAGAAGGGCGGAAAAUCAUAGGCAAACUGUCAUUUCUUUCUCAGCUUUGCGAGAUGGACUGGACUAGAGGGCACACCAUAGGCCGCGGCUCCACGGCUACAGUUUCCGUCGCCACCUCUAUUCAAUCCGGUGAUGUUUUCGCCGUGAAGUCCGUCGAGCUAUCUCAGUCUGGAUUCUUGCAAAGGGAGCAAAAGAUCCUCUCUUCUUUAAUCUCACCUUUCAUAGUUAGCUACAAGGGGUGCGACGUUACUAGAAAGAACAACAAAGUCAUGUACAAUCUCUUCUUGGAGUACAUGCCCAGAGGCUCACUUAGCAAUGCGAUUCGUGCUCAUGAUGGAGGUCGGCUCGACGAAUCAUUGAUCAGGAUUUUCACGUAUCAAAUCUUGCAAGGUCUAGAUUACUUACAUUUGAACGGAUUGGUGCAUUGUGACAUUAAGAGCAGCAACAUUUUAGUAGCUCAAAGUGGUGCCAAGAUUGCGGAUUUCGGGUGUGCAAAGCGUGUGGAACAACAGGGACCGAUCGCUGGCACGCCAAUGUUUAUGGCACCGGAGGUGGCGCGUGGGGAGGAGCAGGGGUUCGCAAGCGAUAUAUGGGCUUUAGGAUGCACAAUUAUUGAAAUGGCUAGUGGCGGAACACCUUGGCAUAACGUCAGCGACCCAGUCUCCAUCAUUUACAGGGCAGGGUAUUUGAGGAAGGUGAUACAGUUAUGGAUGACAUUGAAUACAAAGAUGAAAUAG